GUCUUGGAAAGGUGUUGUCUCAUAAAAUUGUGGGCAAUUUUAGUAAUAAUCUUAUUGAUAAUUCAAAUAGGAACUUCGGUUAUCGGAUAUUAUAAUAACAGAGUGAGACCGAAUGCGCUUUCUGAUGUUUUUAAUGUAACUUUGGAGGCUUAUAAGAAAAACGAUGAAAUUUCAGUAAAUGCUUGGGAUCAGUUGAAUAAAGAUUACCAAUGCUGUGGAAGAUACAAUUAUUCAGAUUUUGGCACUAAAAAACGCCCAAAACGUGAAUGGUGGCCUUUUCAUGAUGACACCAGAAUUCCUCAAAAUUUGCAACUUUUUGAUUCCUUGGACAAGCAGCCGGUUUUUAAUGAUGAUACUACGCAAUUUGAUGAAGAAAUCUUUAAGGAACGUUUUAAAUCUUCUGUGACGUUAAGUGGAGAGUCUAUGGAUUCCUGCUGUAAACCUGGACAUAAUUGUUCUGCUCUGGUGAAUGACGAUACGUCAAAUUAUAGAAGGGGAUGUCUGAUAAUUCUGGAGCACAAGUUGAAAAUAAACAGAUUCCUGUUGGCUACUUUUGGAGUUAUUAUACCAUUUUUGAAACUGUUGAUGUUUGGAUGUGCUUAUUUGUUGUUUUCCAAACUUUUUUGCAAAAAAUGUGACUGCGGUCGAGAAAAUUGUGAUUGUAAUAACAAAUCAUGUUCCUUGCCUUUUGGAAAAUUCAAGAAAAAAAUUGAACCUGCCAAAACAAUGCCAAUAUUUGGAGAAUGCACUGCUACAGAAUCUCCAUCCACCACCUGUCCUGUAGUUUUUGAGAACAACAUUCCUCAAAUGUUCCAAACACCUUGCGCCAACGAAGGUGGUUCUCCAUGCCCAUAUGCCCAACAAGAUGAAUGCCAUCAACAAUCACAGCCUUGCCCUGGAAAUGCUUCCCCUGGACAACCUCACGAAUGCGCUCAUAGAUCUCAGUGUUGCCAGAAGACUGCUCUCCAAAAUCAGGAAUGCCCAAAUCAAAGUCACCUAGUUCAAAUCCAUCCACAUGCUUGUGGUGAUGCUGCAGUAACUUGUAGGAUGGAAGCAUCAGGAAGUAGAAUAGAUAGUCCUUCUAGAUUAACAACAGAUUUGCUGCCUGUGAGGAAGAAGUCUGCUAGGUUUACUGAACUCAGGAAAGUUACUAGUUGUCACCCUAAGUUUGAAGCUCACAAGGAGAAUACUUGCACGGCGUUGGUGCCCAAAAAAGCCAAGUCCCAAAUCUGGUGUGACGAUUGUCCAAAAACUAUAGACUAUUGUCCACCUGUUGAUGUAGCAACACCAUCAGUCAGAGACAGAUGCAGAUUGGAACGCGAAUUGCACGGCCGAGAAGUCGAUCUAAUGUACCAGAGAGAGAAGCUGCUAUUGGAGCAGAAGUUGCAUCACAGAGAACAACUGAUGUGGGAACAUGAACAGUUCAGGAGACACCAGAUGAUCAAGAGGGAGAAACAGUUUAUGUACAAGGCUCACCAGAUGAAUGUGGAGCAGGAGGUGCACAACAGGGAUUAUCAGAUCAGGAAUGACCAUGAGGAGACUUUAUUGGAACGUGAAUUAUUCCAGCAGGACCAGAUUGUUGCCAAAAUGAAACAACAGCUGCUUUUUCAGAGAGAUCUGAUGUAUGAAUUUCAACCAUCUAUAUUUAACAAAUUAGCGAAAAAAUACGAUUGUAGCCUGGACGAAUUCAGUCCUCCUAAAUUCGAACAAAAAGAAACCCAAUGCAGUCCUAGUUCUCCACCUAGUCCUAGUCCACCACCAUGUGAACCAUGUCCUCCACCUAGUCCUAGUCUUCCCCCAUGUAAACCAUGUCCUUCAGAUUGUUCAGAAAAAACACUAAAAAUUGUUAAAAAGAUACAAAACCUUCGAGUGGGCACGGACCAGGAUUCUGCACAGUGUAAACACAAAAAUAAAAGUCGAUGCAGAGCCGGAUCGCAGGACGGCGGGGACAGUUUGUGCAUUACUGGUGCAAGAGAAAAACGUCCAGUUUCAGAUCAAAAUGAAUUCCAUUACAAAAAACAGCGAAUUUAA